GAAAUUGGGUUACAUGUUAAAGUCAAUCCGACUGCGCGCGCUUCACGACCCUGCGCUGAUGACGCGCAUCAUCGAAGAGAGAGCAAUAUAGCGAAUGUGACUUCAGUCUGUCGAGUGUGGAUUCAAGAAGAAGGAAAGAUCACUCUGAUUGAGGAGUUACAGGGAUGUUCUGUGUUCUUGGCUUUAAUAUGACUGUUCUACACCUGUGUUUAUUCGCGACUGUUUGGAGAGCCGUGCAAGCUAUCCAUCCGGAGUGUGAUAUUAUCUCCCAGUUUAUACAAGACCAAGAGAUCUGCAUCCAGACUAGGAAGAGAGAGAUCAAGAAUCAGUCCCAACAAACAGGAUGUUGGACAGAUUGGGACGGGAUCCGCUGCUGGCGAACAGCCAAGACUGGACAACUCAUAAAUGUGUCCUGUUCAGAUGUCUUCCAGCACAUCUCCAACACUCAAGGUUUUAUAUACAGAAACUGCUCGUCUAACGGCUGGAGUGACCCAUAUCCGUCGUACGAGGAAGCAUGUACAUUCGAAGAUGACUCAGAAUCUGGGACUGUGUCAACUUACUUGUCAACCUUGAAACAGCUGUACACUGCUGGAUAUGCAACAUCACUGAUAUCACUCAUCACCGCCGUUAUCAUAUUCACAUGCUUCAGGAAGUUCCACUGCACCAGAAACUACAUACACAUCAACCUUUUUGUUUCCUUCAUCUUGCGGGCGAGCGCAGUCUUCAUCAAAGAUGCCGUUCUGUUCUCAGAUGAAACUCAGAAUCAUUGUUUAAUGUCCACGGUGGCGUGCAAAACUGCUGUAACGUUCUUCCAGUUCUGCAUCCUCACUAAUUACUUCUGGCUGCUGGUGGAAGGCUUGUACCUGCAGACGAUCCUCACUCUCACCUUCGUCUCACAGAGGAAGUACUUCUGGUGGUACAUUCUAAUAGGAUGGGGUGUCCCAUCAGUCGUGCUGAUCGUGUGGGUGUUGACCAGACAAUUCUAUGAUAACAGAGGAUGUUGGGAUGACACAGAUAAUAUGAACAUCUGGUGGAUCAUUAAAGGACCGAUCACAGUAUCCCUGAUUGCUAAUAUCAUCAUCUUCCUAAAUGUGAUUCGGAUCUUGGUUCAGAAAUUAAAAAGUCCUGGAGUUGGAGGCAAUGACACAGGUCACUUCAUGAGACUGGCCAAAUCCACCCUGUUUCUGAUUCCUCUGUUUGGGAUGCACUACACUCUGUUUGCCUUCCUGCCAGAAAACACGGGGGAAAUAGUCCGGUUUUACAUUGAACUCGGUCUGGGCUCUUUCCAGGGCUUUGUGGUGGCACUCCUAUACUGUUUUCUCAAUGGAGAUGUACAGGCGGAGUUGAAGCGCAGGUUAUGGACGUGGCAGACCCAGACUCAUCUGAGCCCCAGUAAAAAGCGUCAGGUCACCGUUACUCAGAUCAUGAUGCAUGACUCCAGUCAUUCACAGACUGCUGUCAGCAACGGCACGUCUGUGUAAACACACCUGGAUAAUGCAGAAGACUUGCAGGAGAUUUCAGGAACUUCACGUCCGGCUCUGGAGUGUGGAAGACAGUCAGAAAAAAGGAAAAGGGCCAUUGAGCGGCAUCAUCAAGGUCAUGUCACAAUUACCUCAGAGUUAUGCAUGUGGCUGAUGUCAUUUGACUUCAGUUAGCAUGUGCAGAUUUGCAGGUUGCAGAACUACAAGCAGAUUGUGACACAGCCAGCGUAAGCGAGUGGAGGUUUGAUUAAAGUACAGAUUUGAUUAGGGCCCAUGCAGUAGUAAAUGCUUCGUUAACAUUCUGGCUGUAUAUUAGAUUUGUGGUAUGCAAAAGAUAUGAAAUAUUAAAACCUUUUUUUACAUCCUCAUUCCAUCCAAGUGCUGAGUUAUUUGCCGUAAACUGCAAAGUAACAUGAUUGAUGUUCAUCAGUUUGGAGACUUUUAAUUUGAAAGUGAUUCAUUUGUUAUUGCUGAUGGUGCUGAGGAUGCAUCAUAAAUAUACAGGAUACAGCUUUGAAUUUUCUUAUGCCUUUGCUUUUUAUAGCUGCUUUUAACUCUUUCAUUUUUGAACAACUUUGAACAUUGAUAGAAACUGAUUAAUAUUGCUUCUCAGCAGCAUGUCGAUGUAUUUAAGUGGUACUAUGGGAUAUGAGCUCCUUCAUUAGAUUGAGUUUCAUGGAACAGUAUGUACACUGUAUGGGGUCACUAAGGGAUAGUAAGAUUUUUUUCAUGUUUUUAAAGGAAGCUUCAUAUUCUAACCAAGGUUGCAUUUAUUAAAUAUAAAGUGCAGUGUAAACCAUAAAUAUUAUUACAGUUUAAAAUAAGCAUUUUUAUGUGGAUAUAUUUUAAAAUGUAAAUAAAUUCCUGUGAUGCAAA